GUUUGUCCGGUGCGCAUGCGCCGGCAGCCCCGGUGCAUUAUCUACUGUGUAAAUGUGAAUCAUGAUUCAUUGUACGGACUUCUACGGAAGAGAAGAGUAGUGGAGAGCGCUGCUGCCGCGCAGAUGAGAAGGUGGAAGCAUCUCACAGAAAGGGAUUGUCAGGAAUUAUCUCAAAGCAAGGAGGGUUUGUGCUCUCUUACUCAACCUUUUAACCAAUGGAAGACCAACAGCAAUGUCCACAGAGGCCUAUAUCCACGUAGUAGGACUGAGCGGUGGUUCAGAGGAAAAACAAGAGAGGGUACUUUCAAGAGUUUAUCUGAUUAUAAACCCACAGAUGUUGCAUGCUGCAGUUCUACAAACAGCAGUGACAUAGCUGAGAUGGAAGAAGAUUUAUUCUCUAGUCAUAUGGAUGAGUACGCAGCACACUUUGACAGUGAGGCUGAUUUCCCGCCUUCAGAACCCACUUUAAGCAGAAAACGUCAAUUUUCUUCUGUGGAAAGUUGGAGCCAAGAUACAAAUGUACAUACGUCAGGAGAUAAAGCUAUGACUUCUUCCAGCAACUUGUGGAAGGAGGGAGAUGAUGAGGAUGAUCAUGAAAUGAGUCUUUUGAUGGAUUCUUGCUAUGGACUACUGGGUGUGACUGAUCAUAAGCCACUGUGUGUGCAAAUAAAUCAAUUCCCUGAUGAACUUUUGCAGAGUAUAUUUGGCUUCCUUCCAAUAGUUGACCUGUAUCAGAAUGUGAGUUUGGUUUGUCAAAAAUGGAAGGCACUCGUCGACGAUACACUGUUUAUCCCAUGGAAAAAACUGUAUCACCGGUACCUUAAGAAAGAGGGGAACGCUAUCAUGGAAAUUGAACAUAUUCUUCAGAAGAAUGGAAUAACUGCAGACAACUCCCUCUGUAUACUGAAUUUAGUGAAGUGCUUUGCUAUGUUGAUGUGUUCCAGAAUGUCUGACUUCAGUAAAACUUUGGCCUGUAUGAAGAGUCAUCAUUUAUUUGAGAUGGCUGAAACAUGUGUUACUCACAGACUGCCAGAACUGAAGACUAACACUGAGACAGUCAAUGCUUGGGCUGUAGUGGCAGUAAUUCUACUUCUAUCAACUGAAGUAGGUGAUCUCCAGAGGCUCAUAAGAUGUCUGCAGCAUUCUAGCUCAACACUAAGACUGGUUGAAAUCAUGGAAGCCUUAUACUGCCUGGCAACAAUUCUUUUUGCAAUGAGAGAGCAGAAUAUUCUUAUAAGUAACAGGAUUCACUACAAUAUCUUCUAUAGCUUAUAUCUACUAGAGAACAGCAGCUCCCAACAGAAAACCUCUCCUAAUAGAAGUGACAGAAAUAAAUCUGCCUUCAAACUCACAAACGAGCAGCAGCAUAUAAUUAACCAUGAUAUCAAAUGCGGACAAGUUGUAAAAAUUAUGGCUUUUGCAGGUACUGGAAAAACCUCUACCCUUAUUAAGUAUGCAGAGAAGAGACCAGGUCUUCGCUUUUUGUAUGCAACAUUCAACAAAUCUAUUGCAGUGCAUGCUAGGAAACUUUUCCCCAGCAAUGUGACCUGCAAAACUUUCCACUCAUUGGCCUAUCAGAAGACAGGAGUACUGUACCAACAAAGGAAGAAGCUGAACCCAUUCAAGAUUACUUCAUAUUUUGUUAACUUUGUUCUUCCUGAAGGGAAUGCUGGAUUUAUUAGAGCAAAACUAGUUGUUAAAACAUUAGAGACUUUUUUCUCUUCUGCUGAUGCCACAAUUGAGAGAGACCAUGUUCCUAUAUGGUCCAAAAAUACCAAUGGAGAAAAUGCGAUGGUUACUGUACAGGAACAGCAGUUUGCUGUGAGAGAAGCGGAUAAAAUUUGGCAAAAGAUGAAAAGUCUUGAUGAAACGCGUCAGCCAGCUUACAAAAUGACCCAUGAUGGAUAUCUGAAGCUUUGGCAGCUCCAAAAACCGAAUCUCUCUUAUUAUGAUGCUAUAUUUGUAGAUGAAGCUCAGGACUGUACUCCUUCUAUUAUGGAGGUUGUACUGUCCCAGAGGUGUGGGAAGAUUUUUGUUGGAGAUCCUCACCAGCAGAUUUAUACUUUCCGUGGGGCUGUAAAUGCUCUUUGUGAGGUACCGCAUACUCACCUGUUCUAUCUUACUCAGAGCUUCCGAUUCGGUGCUGAAAUAGCUUAUAUAGGCGCUACAAUACUUGAUGCCUGUAAGAAAGUGCGACAUAAAGCUUUAGUUGGAGGCAACCAGGAAGGUACUGUUCGUGACUGCUCCCAAACAAACGUUGCAAUCUUGUCCAGAAGUAAUGCCUGUGUGUUUGAACAAGCUGUCUCUGUUACCGACGGAGAAAAUCCCUCAAGAAUACAUAUUAUUGGGGGACCAGAAAAUUUUGGAUUAGGCAAAAUCCUUGAUAUAUGGGUAUUACUGCAGGCAGAAUCUGUGAGACAAAAAGGAGGAUAUCGUAUAAAAGACCGUUUUAUAGCAACAUGGACAAAAAAAGGCUAUUCAGCUUUAAAAAAUUAUGCAGUGAGUUCGGAAGAUAAAGAAUUGGAAGGCAAAAUUGCAAUUGUUGAAAAAUACAACAACCGAAUCCCUGAGCUGGUGAAGAGAAUAGAAAGAUGUCAUACAUCUGAUGCAACAUCUGCAGAUUAUGUUUUGGGAACAGUGCAUAAAGCUAAAGGAAUGGAGUUUGAUUCUGUGGCAGUUACUGAUGAUUUUAUAAAAGUUCCAUGUGCCAGACACAACCUACAGAGGCUACAGAUCCCAAUUAAUGUGUCAGUGGAAGAUGAAUGGAAUUUGCUCUAUGUGGCUGUAACCCGUGCAAAGAAACACAUCACUAUAACCAAAUCAGUGGAAAAUAUCCUGACUCUGGCUGGGGAGUAUUUCCUAAAAGCAGAGCUGACAAGUCAGGCAUUGAAGGAGGGCCCUGCAUUCUGUGCAUUGCAGCACUGCCAGAAUGCCAUCCCGCAACAGACACUCCUAACCAUGAGAAAACUGCCAAUAACUUAUAGCAACAAAAGCGAGGAUAAAGGCGGAUAUAUAUGCCAUGCCUGUGUGCAGCAGCGGGUUGGCCCAAUAACACAACUGAUGAUAUCUCCAGAGGUCUUGGAAACCAUGGAAGUUAAACUAGAGAACAUAGUUCUCAACAGACACCAAGAAUUGCUAAUGCAAGCUAUUUAAACUAACUAAUGGCACUUGCAGAUAUCAACUUUAGGAAAUGUAUAAUGGAAAUCAUUAGGAUGCCACUGAAUGGCAUCUGAAUGUAUCUGCUAUUAUCCUCCAACAACAUGUUUUUUUUUUCUUUUUCAUAAUGUGUAUGUAUUUUAUAGUAUUUCUUCUUUCAUGUGUUGUCAUCGAAUCAUGCCAAUUUUAUUGUGUAGCUCUCAGGUCUGACUCAUGCGCUUGCGUUCAAAUGUAAUGUAUGUUUGUGUAAAUCAAUUUCUAACACAUGAAAAAAGUUUCUUAAAAUAUUUAUAUUGGUAAAAUCUUUUUUUUUUUAAAGAGUUAAAAAAAUAAAUCUUAACCAGACGUAGAUAAUAAUGUUAUUGUUUUUCAAAACAUACAAGGUAAAAUAAUGCCACUCAUCCUAAUAUCUCCACUGAACAAUAGGGCAGGAAAAGAAACCAAAAUGUCUUGUAAAGAAAUUGCAGCAUAGAUACAGGUUAUAUACAAGUAAUAAAGAGGAACCAAAGGCAAUUAGUACAUGUCAAAAAAGAGGUGUGAGUCACAAGCUGAAAUAAACACAAAAUCAUAUGAUAAUUCAAUUACUGACCGUCUGUCUAGCCAGGCAUCCCACUUGCCCGUCAAGAGUCAUCCCAGUCAUCAAAUCAUGUUCAGAGUUCAACCAAGGGUUCUAAAUCUGCUACUAUUUCAAAAGGCAGUUUCGUCCAGUAUACAUAAAUCUAGAAUUAGAAAUUUUAUGUCCAAAAGACUAUAAUCAAAUCCCACAAAUAAACUAUCAUUACCAGUCCCAUAUUUUUAACAAUAUGCACCUUAUGAUAACCUCUAUGUAAUAUGUAGAACUGUAUUAAUAGAAAUUUAUAAGACAAGGUAUCCGUGAUCGGACUACUUAGCACCUAAUUGUCAUCAUCUCCUCAUUUAAAUUUUAAGUGCUGAUAAAGCAUGUUGAUCAGAUUCAGCAAGGAAAGAAGAGUACAAAACAGAAAGAAGUCUCCUGUCACCCACUGAGCACAAAAUAAUUUUAAUGGGAUAAUUCUGAACAUUCGGGAGUCCUGAAACAAAUUGCUAUUUAAGGGCAAGGUAUAAUUAGAGGUACAGGUUGAGUAUCCCAUAUCCAAAUAUUCCGAAAUACAGAAUUUUUUGAGUGAGACUGAGAUGGCUCAAUGUACACAAACUUUGUUUAAUGCACACAGUUAUUAAAAAUAUUGUAUUAAAUGAUCUUCAAGCUGUUGUGUAUAAGGUGUAUACGGAAGAUAAAUGAAUUGUGUGAAUGUACACAAACUUUAUUUAAUGCACAAAGUUAUUAAAAAUAUUGGCUACAA